CCUGCCUGCGUCAGAGGUCCCGCACUUGCGCAGGGCCGCCUUCCUUCUCUGGUAGCACGCAGGCGCAGAGGAGCAGCUUGGGGCCAUGGCGGCGGCGGGCACGCUGAGGGGCUUGGCAGUGGCUGGCGGAGGCGAGAGCAGCGAUAGUGACGAUGACGGCUGGGAUAUUGGGUAUCUGGACCGGUCGUCUCAGAAAUUGAAGAGGUUGUUACCAGUUGAAGAGAAGAACGAAACUUUUAAGAAAGCGCUGACCACUGGCGACAUUUCCUUAGUGAAGGAACUCCUAGACUCUGGCAUUAAUGUGGAUUCCAGCUUCCGGUAUGGAUGGACCCCUCUUAUGUAUGCAUCUAGUGUGGCCAAUGUAGAGAUGGUUCGCUUUCUUUUGGACAGAGGUGCUAAUGCAAGCUUUGAUAAGGACAAGUUAACCAUCUUGAUAACUGCAUGUUCUGCUCGUGGCUCAGAGGAGCAUGUCUUGAAGUGUGUAGAGUUGCUACUUUCACGAAAUGCAGAUCCAAAUGUUGCUUGUAGGCGACUUAUGACUCCAAUCAUGUAUGCUGCCCGAGAUGGUCACACUCAGGUUGUUGCUCUGCUUGUUGCUCAUGGAGCAGAAGUUAAUGCCCAGGAUGAGAAUGGUUAUACUGCCUUAACGUGGGCAGCACGUCAGGGUCAUAAAAAUGUAAUUCUGAAGUUGCUUGAACUUGGAGCUAAUAAAAUGAUACAGACUAAAGAUGGCAGGACACCAAGUGAGAUUGCAAAAAGAAAUAAACAUCUUGAGAUCUACAACUUUCUUUCUUUGACUCUAAAUCCAUUGGAAGGGAAACUUCAGCAGCUAACCAAAGAAGAGACUAUUUGUAAACUGUUGGCCACAGAUUCUGAUAAAGAAAAGGAUCACAUAUUUAGUCCAUAUACAGCGUUUGGAGAUCUGGAAAUAUUUUUACAUGGACUUGGACUUGAGCAUAUGACAGACUUAUUAAAGGAAAGGGAUAUAACUUUAAGACACCUUCUGACCAUGAAGAAAGACGAGCUUACAAAGAAUGGAAUUACCAGUAAAGAUCAGCAAAAAAUUCUGGCUGCUCUCAAGGAACUAGAAGUAGAAGAGAUAAAUUUUGGAAAAUUACCUGAAGUGGCAAAGCUAGAAAUUAGUGGUGAUGAGUUCCUCAACUUCCUUCUGAAGUUAAACAAGCAAUGUGGUCAUUUAAUCACAGCUGUGCAGAAUAUCAUCACUGAGUUGCCUGUAAAUUCUCACAAGAUAGUACUAGAGUGGGCUUCUCCCAGAAACUUUACUUCAGUUUGUGAAGAACUGGUUAGUAAUGUUGAAGAUUUGAAUGAAGAGGUCUGCAAGCUGAAGGACUUGAUUCAGAAGAUGCAGAAUGAACGGGAAAAUGAUCCAACUCAUAUCCCAUUAGUAGAGGAAGUGUCUACGUGGAAGAGUCGAAUUUUGAAGAGGUCGGCAGUUACAGUCUGUGGAUUUGGGCUGCUGAUUUUCAUCUGCAAGCUAACUUGCCAGAGAAAAUAAUUCUAAUAUUUAUCCAAGUUAUAUAUGUACAUCUUAUUCAGAAUGUCACAGCAUUACUUUUGAUCUUUUAUUGUACAGCAUAGCUUUAUUUCCUUGCCCACACUCCAUAGGAAAAAUUAUGAUAACAUAAACAGAGUUUUUCUUUAGAAAGUGACUUCAGUUUGAAUUAUACAGUUUAUUACAUUCUUAUGUUAAUUUCAAUCAAGAAAAUUAUGGAUAAUUCUUUCAUUUAAGCCUGACUAAAUCACAU